CUGAGUGUCCGUGUCUCGAUGCCUGUUGGUGACGGUUGGAACGAGGGAAGGGAAAAGCCAGGACCGUUUUUACACAAUCAACGGUUGACGGACAGAUACGCGUCUCUAAUCAUGGUUGGGCGGACAAGCAAUGGAACGCACGAUUACGCAGGUGCUCCUGGUGCACCUGCUGCGUCCGGACGGAGGAGAGGAGCAGGGACGAUGCUGACUGAGCCUGCUAUUUUUGCAAAGGACACCAGCUGUGAGUGCCGCGCCCCUCAUGAGAAACUCUCCAUCGCUCAGGCCCGCAGAGGGACCCCAAUGGACCGUCCAGUGCGUGUAUAUGCAGAUGGAAUAUUUGAUCUGUUCCACUCCGGCCAUGCCAGAGCCCUGAUGCAGGCCAAGAACCUCUUCCCCAACGCAUACCUCAUAGUGGGAGUGUGCAGUGAUGAGCUGACACACAAGUACAAGGGUUUCACAGUGAUGACAGAGGAUGAGAGGUACGAGGCUCUGAGACACUGUCGCUAUGUCGACGAGGUGGUCCGAGACGCACCAUGGACGCUCACACAGGACUUCCUGGAGAAACACCAGAUCGAUUUUGUGGCUCAUGACGAUAUCCCAUACUCCUCAGCAGGAACUGAGGACGUCUACAAACACAUCAAGGAGGCAGGCAUGUUCGUGCCGACCCAGCGGACGGAGGGUAUCUCGACCUCUGACCUGAUCACUCGUAUCGUACGAGACUACGACCUCUACGCAAGACGCAACCUACAGCGAGGCUACACCGCUAAAGAGCUCAACGUCAGCUUCAUCAACGAGAAGAAGUACCGCCUGCAGAACCAGGUGGACCGUAUGAAGGAGAAGGUGAAGACGGUGGAGGAGAAGAGUAAACACUUUGUCUACCGUGUGGAGGAGAAGAGCCAUGACCUCAUACAGAAGUGGGAGGAGAAAUCACGGGAGUUCAUUGGUAACUUCCUGGAACUGUUCGGCCCAGAUGGAACAUGGAAACAGGUGUUUAGUGAGCGUAGUGGUCGGAUGAUCUCCUACGCUCUGUCACCUCGCGGGUCGCCUAGCAACAGUCCACCCCGGCAACUGUCUCCAUCCCGUUCCCCAUCUCCUCCCUCUCGCUGGUCUCACCCCAGGCCAGUCUCCCACUCCUCACACAAAGGAGCCUCAGCCUCCUUCAGUAGCAUGAGUGAGGAAAAUGAGAAUGGGAAGUGUGAAACACAAUGCCGUGUUCAAAACAACUGGGAACUCGGAAAUCUCUGACUUCUGACUUUAGUACAUUCAAGACAACUCAGAAAAAAACGUGGGGGGAAAAAACCAGCUCCGACUGGGAAAAUCGUUUUUGAACGGUCGUCUUACAUGCUGACCAGACCGUGCGCGUGUUGAUUUUG